GCACCUACUGGAAAAUGAAUGUAUAGAGUCGAGUCUCGAAGCGAGCACACAACUUCAAGGUUUUUGUGUGUGAACUCAAAGUUAGUCAGUGUGUGUGUGUGUGUUAAAUGUUGAAAUGAAUCUAAUAUUAGAAUGCAGAUAAAUAUGGCGCUUUUGAAAUAGUGCCUUAUUUACCCGCAAUUGUGUGUUGAUUGGGACCAAACACUAAGGACCAAGACCUUGUUUUCUUCCUUGGAAGACCUGUCAUGAUGUGGGGAGUUGGGUGAUGGGAGUUGGCACUUUGAAAAUUGUGUGUGCGGGUGAUUAAUAUCACAAGAAGAAAUAUCGCUGUCGUUCGGUCUUGUGGUUUUGGUGUGUUACCGUGCCUUGUACGUGUCAGGGUGAACUGUAGGCUCGGUCGUCACCGAGUGACUAAAUUUUCGUAUUUCACCCAUUUUUAUUCCACAAUAGACGACACAAAAACCGUUUUCGUUCGAAAUACAAGCCGUUGUUUACCUUCUUCUCUUGGAAAUGCAAUGUCGAAAAGAACAAGAAUGAAUGUUUAGUUGACAUAGAAGCUAGACCUUUUCAUGUUAGUGACUGGAAAGAAGAAAACAACAAUAAGCAACAGUGACACCAUGGAAGCUAUCACAGAUCAGGAUAGAAGGUCUCGUCUCCUCAAACUGGAGGAGAGAGUCUUCAAUCCAAGGGACAUUCUUAAUGCAGACUGCCUUCUUGAUGCUGUGCAAUCGAUGGUGUAUGACAGUGAUCAUCCAACCAUAAAGCGCAUGAAAAACAUAGAGGCUUUCAUCAACCGCUAUGCCAAAGUUGCAGAUGAGAUAAGCAGAUUGAGAGUAAAAGUGGAUGAUUUUUUAGUCAUCAAAGUCAUAGGAAGGGGAGCGUUUGGUCAAGUCCAAUUAGUAAGACAUAAAUCAACCAAGAAAGUUUAUGCUAUGAAACUUCUUAGCAAAUUUGAAAUGAUCAAAAGAUCAGAUUCAGCAUUCUUCUGGGAAGAGCGGGACAUUAUGGCCCAUGCCAAUUCCGAGUGGAUAGUAAGACUUCACUUUGCCUUCCAAGAUACAAAAUAUCUUUAUAUGGUUAUGGACUACAUGCCAGGCGGUGAUUUGGUGAAUCUCAUGUCGAAUUACGAUGUUCCCGAAAAGUGGGCAAAGUUUUACUGUGCCGAAGUGGUUCUAGCCUUGGAGGCUAUUCAUAACAUGGGUUUCGUUCAUCGAGACGUCAAACCAGACAACAUGCUGCUGGAUGCUUUAGGCCACUUGAAGCUAGCUGAUUUUGGCACUUGCAUGAAAAUGGACGAGGAUGGGCUCGUCCGAUCAGACACUGCCGUGGGUACACCAGACUACAUUUCGCCUGAAGUCCUCAAGUCACAAGGAGGAGAAGGAUUGUACGGGCGAGAAUGCGACUGGUGGUCUGUUGGGGUAUUCCUUUACGAAAUGUUGGUAGGAGACACGCCUUUCUAUGCCGAGAGUUUAGUGGGGACCUAUGGCAAGAUUAUGGAUCAUAAAAAUUCCCUUUCGUUCCCCGAUGACGUUGAAAUCAGUUCAGCCGCUAAAAGCUUGAUCUGUUCUUUCCUAACUGACAGGACGCAGCGCUUAGGGCGUAAUGGCGUUGAAGAAAUCCGCCAUCAUCAAUUUUUCGUCCAUGACCAGUGGACCUUUGAUACUAUACGAGACUGUGUCCCCCCGGUGGUACCGGAUCUGAGUGGCGAUGACGACACAAGCAAUUUUGAUGACGUUGAAAAUGACGACGCCCCAGAAGAAAAUUUCCCUGUUCCUAAGGCCUUUGCUGGCAAUCACUUGCCUUUUGUUGGGUUUACGUAUUCGAAAGAUUAUCAACUACUCACGGGAGGUUUAACGCAAGCGAGCACCAACGGUGGAAUAGAUCGUGUUGAUCGGGGAGCAGUGGGUAGAGAUACUGGGGCUCAGCGCAAAGUACUUGACUUGGAGGAGAUUGUGAACAAAGAAAAACGUCAGAUCGCCGAAUUGGAGCACAAGUACACGUUGACGCUACAUCAGCUAGAUCUAGCCACAACUCGAGAGGAGCAGUUGCGUAACGAAAGUUGCGAACUGGAACGGAAUCUUGCUUUGAUCAAGCACGAGCUUAAAGAAGCACAACGGCGAUCGGAAAAUGAUACAGAAAACCGAAAAAAGCUGGAACAGAAUAUCGCUGAGCUCAAACGGAAAUUGGAUGAAGAGCAGAGUCGCCGAACACGCGAUCAAAGCAAUUCACAGGCGGUUGCCGAACGUAUCAGCUCACUUGAAAAACAGUUGAUGGAAGCCAAUGAAAAGCUUAAACAAGAGACCGAUAGCCAUAAUAAAACCAAGAAACAAAAUGCGGAAUUCGCCAUGGGAGCUGCUGGCCGAGAGCACACCUUACUGGAACUGCAAGAUAAGGUGGCGGUGUUACAGCGUGCUCGAGAUGCACUGGAAGCUGAGUCUGCUGCCCUUCAGGCUCAAUUAGACCAAGAGAGAGCUUCUAGACAGCAAGAAGCUGAUCGUCAACAAGAGAUGGAAACUAGACGCCAGGCUUUGAUAACUGAGCUGGAUCGAACCAAAGAGCGCCAGGCAAACAAUCUUGCCGAGAACAAACGUCUGUCUGAGCGGAUCGUUGAAAUGGAGAAACGUUCUGCAUCACUUGAACUCGAACUCAAUGCUAUGACUUCCAAAUAUGAACGAGAGAAACGUGCUCAUCAGGAAACGGAGCAAAGCCGUUCAGGGAACCAAGAGGAAGCCAGUGCUGAAGUGGUUAAAACUCUGCAACUAAAGUUGCAAGAAGAGAAGGCAUCGCGACAAAAAGCGGAAAACCAGUGGCAAGAACGUGAACGUCAGAUUUCAAUGCUUUCGGUAGACUAUCGCCAAAUCCAACAGCAGCUGAAUAAACUAGAAGGAGAUCAUCGGCAGGAAGUUGACAAAACUAAAGGUCUCAUCCUACAACUUGAGCAAGAGUCUCAGAAAAGGUCACUUCUACAGAACGACCAGAGCGUUCUGUCCGCCGAAAUGGCCGUCCUACGUAGUCGUGAGCGCCAGCUACAACGUGAGCUGGAGGCGGCUCGUGACGUGGCCAGGAGUUUGGAGGAAGAACUACAUAAAUUGCGAACCAUCAAGUCCGUUGAUGAUUUGCAGAUGCGGGAACUCCAAGAUCAGUUGGAAGCCGAGCAAUAUUUCUCGACAUUGUACAAGACGCAAGUGACGGAGCUGCGCGAGGAGGCGGACGAAAAGACCAAGCAAGUUGGUGAAUUAGAAGACGAACGAGCAAGCAUCACCCAUCAACUCCAGCUAUCACUUGCUCGGGCGGAUUCUGAAGCCCUAGCGAGAGCAAUUGCCGAGGAGACGGUGGCAGAAAUGGAGAAGGAAAAGACCAUGAAAGAAUUGGAAAUCAAAGAUUUAGUGGCUAGACAUCGAGCUGAAAUCAUCAACAAAGAAGUAGCGCUCAACAGUCUGCGAGAAAGAGAGAAUGAAUUGAAAAAGACGUUCGACCUAGUCACGCAGGAGAACCAAGAUCUUGGUGCGAAAUUGAAAAGCGCACAGGAGGAGCUGGCACAGGCAUCCACGGCUUCUGUGGAUGAGGUAGAGCGGUUGCGGGUGAAGCUAAAGCAGGAGCAGCUGCUUAAGAUGCAAGCUGUCAACAAACUGGCCGAAAUCAUGAACCGUAGGGACAUGAAUCCUAUUGGCCGCAAUCCUAAGAAGAAUGCAGGUGGCGGGGCUGAUUUGCGACGCAAGGAGAAAGAAUGUCGUAAGCUUCAACAAGAGCUCGCCCAGGAAAGGGAGAAGUACAAUCAAGUGGUGGCCAAAUCGCAGAAAGAAACACAGGACCUGCAAUCGUUGCUUUAUGAAGAGAACCAGCUUCGGAUCAAGUUGCAGAUGGAGGUUGACAGCAAAGAUUCCGAAAUCGAGCAACUGUCGCAGAAGUUGGCAUCGGCAUCAGCCGAUACCGUCUCCAACAUAAGCAGUGAAUCGGAAGAAGGAGUUCAGGAUUCUUGGUUGGAAGGUUGGCUUUUUGUUCCUUCGAAGCAGAAUAUCCGACGCCACGGUUGGCGGAAGCAGUACGUUGUCGUCUCGUCCAAGAAAAUCUUCUUUUACAAUUCGGAGAGUGACAAACAAAACGCCGAUCCUGUCCUUAUCCUAGACCUGAACAAAGUUUUCCAUGUUCGGUCUGUUACUCAGGGCGAUGUCAUUCGCGCUGAUGCCAAAGAGAUCCCUCGUAUUUUGCAAAUUCUCUACGCCGGUGAAGGUGAAUCUCGCAAGCCAGACGAGAGCACCCCGCCACCGGAUUUAGUCGGUCGCGAAGAAAAACCUGGAACUGUUAACCACAAAGGUCACGAACUUGUGGCUAUCAGUUUCCACAUGCCAACCACUUGUGAAGUGUGUUCAAAACCUUUGUGGCACAUGUUCCGACCCCCGCCGGCCCUCGAGUGCCGCCGAUGUCGCAUCAAAGUUCACAAAGAACAUCUGGAUAAGCGCGAGGAGAUCAUUGCUCCCUGCAAAGUCCACUACGAUCCUAAUACGGCCAAAGAGAUGCUGUUGCUAGCAGGGACUUUAGAGGAGCAGCAGCAGUGGAUAUCACGGCUGUCGAAAAAGAUUCAGAAAUUCGGCUACAAGGCCAAUUCGGCCGCAAUGGGCGGUGCUGAGGGAGCACGUGUCUCUCCCAGGGAAUCGACUCGAUCGGCUUACCGUCCUUACGUACAGCAAAGAUCGGCUACUUUGCCGCCAAACAGCAUUCAGCCGGGAGUGCGCAACAGCAAAUGAAGGCCUUUCAGAGGUUGCCAAUCACUUUUUUCGUACAUGGUACACCUUUUCUACUAUACAGCAGGUGUUGAAGAAUGAUUUUUCAUUGUUGUUUUUUGCCUAGUAAUAAGUGUCUGUAGUUCUUUUUUUCAUUCUUUCGUUUCUACCCAAGUGACACGUUCAAACGUUGAUCCCGCAGAUAUACCGUCAAAUAUCCCUGUGGCGCCUUUAUCUUUACUAUGUAGCAAAACAACCUUUUCACGAUCCACCUUCAAUUUUUUUUUCCUUGUUGUCCAUUUUUCCGUCUUCGUAUUGUGCCAACUUAUUGCAUCCUCUCCUCUACACUGCCUUACCCCCUAUUUUUUCCCCACUUCCCGUUGUAGUGUUUUACGAAAUUUCCCCUCCCAUUUCCUGUUGAACGAUUAUUUAUUCUAGAUUCCUUUUGUUUCCUUUUUUUUUUGUUCCACCAAAGGCCCGACAUGCGACACACACAAGUGACCUUCAAUGUUGUCUUCAACCCACCUCUUCACACUGUUUUUAUUUUGAAUCUUGAAACAGUUAUAUUUGUCUUGGGCAUCCCCCCAUCACUACCUAAAUGGAAUGCAUGGUGCAUAUGUAAUUACGCAGAAAAUAACAGGACGUAGGAGGAGAGAGAUAAAGGGACUGUGAAAGAUUUAGAUGGAAGGAAAACGUGACGUUACGCCGGGAGUUUUUGUUUCAGAUGAGUUGUUGAGCCCUCCCUUUGAUGCGACAGUUGCGUCAUUUACAUUCCUGAUUCGCCUACGCAUGUGUGUAUGUGAGUGUGUGAAGGAGCUUGGCCAUUUGUUGGUUUGAAAAGAAGUGGGAAAAAGAAAGUAGAGCACCGAUUUAAUAAUAUAGUCAUUGGGAGGGGACACAACGAAGAAGUUAGGGAUGGGCAGUAAUACAAAAUGGAUGCUAAAAAAAGUUACAACGACAAGACGAAAAAAAAAAUUGUGCCUUCUUUGUAUUUGCGUAUUGAAUUGCCUUGAAUUGUUUAUUACUUUAUUCUUCCUUUCCACUAUUGAUUUUUGUUGUGUCCGUCGAAAGGGAAAUCGAGCUUUUUUUUUUGUUUCCGUGCUUAUAAUAAUUCGGGCUGAUUGGGCAAUUCAAUCACACACGUUUCAAUCUAACCCCCCGCCACUUGUUUUUUAAAUUACAUUCGGUGGGGUUUAUUCCUUGGAAAACAAUUCAACAAAAACAUUUGAUGGGACAGCCCCUCAUUGCCUUUAUUACGACGCUGGUCGCGCUAUGAAGCUGUUUUUUUAAACUAACCUUUUUUAAAUCGUUCAACCUGAGUUGGUGGCAAACAAAAGAGACUAGAACGGAAACAAUUGCUUUUUCCUCAUCCCAAAUCUUAAAACAAAACAACAAAAAAACCACACAAAAAAAGAAACGCCUCUUGAUCCCUUUUCCCCCCAAAGCCAUGAUUUGUAUCCUCAUCUUCUAUAGAUAAAAAUCUUGAAAAACAACAAUUUUCACGUGCAACACACUUAAAGAUGUGAGUGUACAGAAUGAAUUGAAUUGCUCUCGUGUGUUUGUGUAAUAUAACUUUUGAUUUCUAAAUUUCAAAUUGAUUGCCUU